CUCACAUUUCUGGGGCAUGGACCACCUCUCUAGGAAGUCUGAUCCAGGGUUUGACCGCACUCUUGGGCAGAAGUCAUUUGGGCAGAAGACAAAUAAGCACAGCUACGGAAUCUGAGCAGCCGGUCUGUAGGCAAUGUGUGGAGGCCAGCAGGCUGCACAACGCAGGUGCAGAAGGAGUGUACAGGUUGGAAAGGUUUCAGUGGCUGCCCAGUUGAUCCGUUCACUCUGUUGUCUGGGAAUAAAGACGUGUCACAGAUCAUGGCUCCCUGGCCUGAGGUAGAAAAGCCUGAAACCAAUAACUAUAUUGGGGACUCUUCCAAACAAAACCAGAACAUGGCUGGGAAAGAAGGAGAAAACCACAAAGCAGGCAAUGUGGCUUCACUUGGAAAUAAAGGGGAAAUUCAACCUGCAUUUUCCACAAUAGCCUUGAUAGAUGAGACAAGGCCGGAGGAAGAGGACCCAUGGGCUCUGCCGGAACUGCAGGACACUGGGGUCAAGUGGUCAGAAUUGGAUAGAAAAGGAAAAAUCAUUCGUGUACUCUACGGGAUAGGGAAGUUCAUUAUGCUACUUGGAUUACUCUACAUGUUUGUGUGUUCUCUGGAUGUUCUGAGCUCUGCUUUCCAACUGGUAGGAGGUAAAGCAGCAGGGGACAUAUUUAAAGAUGAUUCAGUGCUGUCUAAUCCUGUCGCGGGAUUGGUGAUUGGAGUUCUGGUGACUGUUAUGGUCCAGAGCUCCAGUACUUCCUCAUCCAUCAUAGUCAGCAUGGUGUCCUCCACAUUGCUAACUGUUCGAUCAGCUAUUCCAAUCAUUAUGGGAGCAAACAUUGGCACCUCAGUUACAAACACAAUUGUGGCACUCAUGCAAGCUGGGGACAGGAAUGAAUUUAGAAGGGCCUUUGCUGGGGCAACAAUCCAUGAUUUCUUUAACUGGCUUGCUGUGUUUGCACUGUUGCCCAUUGAAGUUAUUUCUGGCUAUCUUUACCAUCUCACCAAUGUUAUAGUUGAGUCCUUUCAUCUUGAAAGUGGUGAAGAUGCCCCUGAGCUACUAAAAGUUAUCACAGACCCCUUUACAAAGCUCAUCAUUGAGCUUGAUAAAUCAGUAAUAAAUGCAAUUGCUACUAAUGAUGAAUCAGCAAAAAACAAAAGCCUGGUCAAAGUCUGGUGUGUAACUGAAACCAAUGUGACACUGCAGAAUGUCACAGUUCCAUUUCCAGAAAACUGCACAUCUCCUGACUUUUGCUGGACUGACAGAAACAUGACAUGGACUCUCAAGAAUGUAACAGAAACAAACUAUAUCACUAAAUGCCAACAUCUCUUUGUAAACUCAGACCUGCCUGAUCUUGCCAUCGGUCUUAUCCUUCUGGCUUUGUCCCUGCUUGUUCUGUGCUCCUGUUUGAUAAUGAUCGUUAAGCUAUUAAACUCUGUGCUUAAAGGACAAGUGGCGAGUGUUAUCAAGAAGACAAUCAACACUGAUUUCCCAUUUCCUUUUACUUGGUUAGCUGGAUACCUGGCUAUGCUUGCAGGGGCUGGUAUGACCUUCGUUGUCCAAAGUAGUUCUGUUUUCACAUCUGCUAUUACACCCCUUGUUGGCAUUGGCGUUAUAAGCAUUGAGCGCUCUUAUCCCCUUACCUUAGGAGCUAACAUUGGCACAACCACGACAGCUAUACUUGCGGCUUUAGCAAGUCCAGGGAGCACAUUAAAAUAUUCACUACAGAUUGCCCUGUGCCACUUUUUCUUCAACGUCUCUGGGAUUAUUCUGUUUUACCCAAUACCUUAUACCCGGCUGCCAAUACGCAUGGCCAAGACCUUGGGAAAUACAACAGCCCAGUACAGAUGGUUUGCUAUAUUUUAUCUUCUAGUCUGCUUCUUUCUUUUGCCUUUGUUUGUAUUUGGUCUGUCACUGGCAGGGUGGCCAGUCCUUUUGGGUGUUUGCCUUCCCCUAUUCGCUCUUUUUAUUGCUGUGGUUGUAAUUAAUGUUAUGCAGAAAAGGCGACCACAUUCGCUGCCUGAAAAGCUCCAAAACUGGGAUUUCCUACCCAUCUGGAUGCACUCCCUAGAGCCCUGGGACAACAUAAUUAUGGCUUCAAUCGCCUUUUGUGGGAAACACUGCUGUGGCUUCUGCAAGUGUUGCAAAGUCAAUGCUGAACAGGAAGGUGCCAAAGACAAGCAACUAAAAACUACAGAGGUUUAUGAAAACACCAUAGCAAUGGCUGAUGAAGAAAGAGGUGGAAGAAGAGCACCAGCUGCAGCUUCUGUUGACAAAACAGUCACAAACAACACAGCCUUAUAGUAGUGGAUCAACCCAUAUUAGCAGAAAUACAGCAUAGGACAGUCAGGCUCUUCAAAAAUACCUUGGACUGUGCACUGAGGACAGAGUGAACAUUUUGUUAGGUUUCUGAAACCAGUGAUACAUCACUCAUCAAGGAAUGGAGUCAAACAAGCUUGACAGAGUCCCUAGAAAAUCUGUGCUCGGUUGCAAAGCUAAUGACAGAUUUGCUCACAGAGGAUCUACUAUGAGGUACCUUCCUCCAGUGCUAUCAGUAGCAAACAAAAGAAAUCCUGCUGUAGUCCCAUGAAGAGAGAGAUGAAAGGAGUGGUAAUCAAUUCAAACUUAAAAAACAAACAAACAAUGCACUUGUAGAACAGCCUAUCUAAUCUACCGACUUAUUCAGCAGAAGUUAUUUUAUAAUACCUAAAAAGCUCUGGAAAUUAAAAAAAAAAAAGGAAAAAAAGAUAAAAAGGGGAAUCCUAAUGUUUUCAUUGGUCUAUUUGCAGUGGUCAAAAUGGAAAACAGUUUUCCUAGAGUGGACAAAAUCUAUUCUAUAUGCCUGAAGGAAAAUGAAAUGCUGGGAUAUCCUUCAGAAGCUCUUGGAAUCCUGCUCUGGCGUAAGGGUGUACAUAAGCCCAUUUGAAGCCCUCUAUGUCUCCUUUAACACUGGGAACAGAAGUGAUAAUCUUUUGUUAUCUCAAGCUAAAGGUCAUGAAAGUAAUUGCUGCUCCCUCUGUACUGUGUUUAGAGGCAUCGAGUGGCUACCAAAGGUCUUGAUUGACUCAGGAUGUGGUUGUGUUGCCAUUCCUCCCUCUAGAUGGUCCUCUUCAAUCCUGUUCACCAUGUAAUUCCACAACCAGAGGAAUGGUGCAGAAGGAAGGACAAGUGACCAGUGUAGGGGAGGAGACAGCUGCCCCAGUCUGGGCUGAUGACAGAUCUGUGUUCAGCUGUGGCCUGAGCCACAAAAUGAGUUUUCAGAGUAGUGGUGAAGACUGGCUUUAGAGCUACAAAAGAGGGAACCUGUACAGCAGAUUAUGGCUAGCACGGGACAUAUGGUAAUGUUUACUGGAGAGAAAGGGGUGUUCACCAUCCCUUUGUGCUCUGAACCACCCUCCUUGGAAAUAAUGUGAAUUUUACUGGCAGUUGUAUGUAGCAAUACAAAUCCCACAUAAAAUCCAUAACUAAUCUAGUCACUAUCAUGUGUAGCAAAUCCAUAGGUAGAGUAAUACUUGGUGGGAAGCUGCUUAUGCUCAAAUUUUACCAUUACUGAUGUUUUAGUAAUGCUUGGGAGGUUGUUCUGAAUCAUGGGCUGACAAGGCAUAAUUUCAAUGUCAGGAAAAGAGCAUUUCAAAGAUGCACUGAGUACUUCUACUGGCCUUCAAUUGCUCAGAUAUUAGUGAGUAUGGGGUAAUACCUGAAGUCCAAUCAGUAAUGUUAGAACAAAUAGGUGAUUCAGUGUAGGCCAAGAGUCAUUUAGAGCCAGUUUAAGUGGCUGAGUUUUAAUUUAAAUCUGUAAUGGAAACACUGAGAAGACCCUUAGUGUGAUGUAGCCACUCAGUGCUGCUAGAAUACAUUUAUUUCAGAAUGGCUGUUUUCUGCAGAGCUUGGAAUUCAGUAGGUUUAAUUUGGCUAUUAGGUAAAUACAUACAUUUUAGAAGUGAAAAUUGUUUUCAUUUACUUUUUUAAACUGACAUUCAAACUGGCAAACUAUGUUGCUGAAAAUGUGUUUGCAAACUGCAUCCACAUUGAGAUUCCAACUGUUUCUGUAAUUGUGAACCAGUGACAAAACGCUUAGAAUCUGAGUGAAUUUUAAAAAUAUAUACUUUUGGUAUAGUUCUGCUCUUUUGGAGUGUAGUAGCAAACAGCAGAGCUAUGUCAAACUAUUCUUUCAAAAGUUAUUUUCCUUGUUCUUCAUGGAGUUGAAAAGAAUUUUGUCAACAUCUUAUUUUUAAAGUUGAAUUUUGAUAUUUUCAAUAAUUCUUCUUCAUUUUAUUCUCACAAUUCUGGAUGCUUUUAGAGUCUGUUUCUUUAAAUCCCUGUGUGCAUUUCCUAUGCCUUGUUUCUUUGGGAAAAACAUGAGAAAAAUACUCAGAAUUCUUUCCAAGUUAUCUCAAGUUUCCAUUGACCACCCAUUGAAAGAGGAAACAUUUUAGUCUACUUUUACUCAUUUCUUAAACACCAUGCACCUUAUUUUGCAUCUUGAAGCAUAGCCAUCAAGAACAGUGAUAAUAACUGUGAGAAAGUGAUUCUUACAAAAGAAUCGGGAUAAUAAUUGUCAGACAUAUCAGUACUUUAUGGUUCCUCAUUGUAACGUUUCCCCUAUGAUCUCUUCUUGCUCCAAGCCAUGUUGUUCCAUUGUGUUAAGCAGAUUCCAACAAAUAUUUCUGUUUUUCACUUGACAGCACAAUAUGUCUUGGUAUAUUUCCCCCCUUACUCUUACUAAAAGAUAUUUACACUUUAUUUAUAAUUGUUGGAGUGUACAGAAUUUUUCAUAAGUUAUAGAGAAAAAGGCUCAUGAUUGUGUUAUAUAUUACGUAUUUGAAAACUAUGCAAUGUUUAUCUAUAAAAAUGUAAAAAGGAACUACUGUAUAUUUUGUAAUAUAACUUUUCAAAUCGUUUGUAACUGUGUAUACUGCAUAUUAUGGAGGCUGUUGGCUCCAUCAGCAGGUUACUUAAAGAUUGUUAGCAAUGCAGAGACAGAUUUCUUAAAGUAAAGGUGUAAAAAAACUACAUACUUUCAUAAUAUGGCUUAACACACAAGGAUAUUGAACUCUACUUUUCUAAAAGAUGUGAAUUUUCUGUAAUGAGAAAUUUUGGAAAUACAAUGUUUCUAAAAUACUUUUUUAAACUCUUAAACACUAUCUUUUAUUUGUUUUGAGGACAGGAUAUGACUUUAUACUUUGUCAUGAAUAUUCAUCUUGUCUGUCCUCAUUGAAUGUAAAAAUAAAGAGAAGUUUUAA